AUGCCGUUCGUGUCUUUGAAAUGGCCGACCGCAUCCAAGCGGGACAUUGGGAUGAUCGAGCACAUUCUGUCGAAGAUUGCCGAAGAAGAUCAUUUCUUCAAGACCCUGUUAGACUUUAGCAAUAUGUUCAAGGCGGGCUUGAUCAGCGAGCUUGAGUACGCCCGAAGGAAAAAGGAGAAAGAGGAAGAAGCGAGGACGAAUAUGGCUGGGGGUAGGGCGAUGACCGACACAACAAGGAGGCAGCUGGAGUCUCGAGCACCUCUACAGUAG